AUGGAGGCUAUUAAGUUGUUUCUGUCGUCUCCGACACGGCUCCUCGUCGUCAUCAUGGUGAUAGUAUUCUCCCUCUACAAUGUCGUGAAGAGGUCGUUGAAGAAAUAUCCCUAUCCUCUACCGCCAUCACCGCCUUCAGAGCCGCUCUUCGGCCACUUCAGAAGUCUGCCUCUUGAAAAUGCUCAUCUCAAGCACAUGGCUUAUGCCAAACAAUACAAUUCCGAUGUUGUUUACUUCAAUGUUCUUGGAAACCAUAUGAUUGUCUUAAACAGCCAAAAGGCCGCAAAUGAGAUCCUAGACAAGCGCGGUGCGAACUAUCAGGACCGGCCAAGUUUUGUGCUGUUCGAUGUCAUGGGUUGGGGCCUGACUCUGACUUUCAUGCCCUAUGGACCCCGGUUCAAGCUUCACCGAUCAGCACUGCAGACAGGAUUCACGAAGUCUGCAAUUGUCAACUACAGACCCAUCCAGGAAGAUGAGGCCAGGCAGGCGGUUGCGAGAAUCCUCAAGAGCCCAGAGAACUGGGAUCAUUCCCUCAGGAGAUUCGCAUCUGGUAUCGUUUUAAGAAUCGGAUUCGGAGUCACCGUCAAGUCAGACGACGAUCCGUACAUCAAAAUCGCAAAGGAUGCCAACUUGGCGACUGCAGAAGGGGGCAACCCUGGAACGGCACUAGUUGAUUAUCUCCCUUCAUUCCGAUACGUUCCCGAGUUCCUCAACUUCUCACAAACUCUCCGACAUGCACGACGCUGGAAGUGGGCCAUCAAGAAUCUCCAUGAUAUCCCUUUUGCGGCGAUCAAGAAGGAAUUUGACCAAGGAACCGCAAACCCAUCGUUCGCGUAUUCUCUAUUGUCUAAAUACUCCGAGAAUGAGAAGCAAGGCGUUCCAAACUCGUUCACCAUGAAUGAUAUCCAGGGUGCAUCCGGGUCUGUGUUCAUUGCUGGAUCCAACACUACCUUUGCAACCACCACAGUUGCCCUUUUGAAUCUUAUGCUCAACCCACGAGUGUUCCAGAAAGCCCGCGCCGAAAUUGAUCGCGUAGUCGGCCGAGAUCGACUCCCAUCGCUAGCCGAUAGGCCCAAGCUUCCUUACAUCGACUAUAUUGUCGAGGAGACGACUAGAUGGCGGCCUCUCUCACCGAUUGGCAUCCCGCACAAGUCGCUUCAGGACGACAUCUACAAUGAAAUGUUCAUACCGAAGGGCACAUACGUCUACUACAAUACAUAUGCCAUGAGCAGAGACCCGUCAGUGUACAAGGACGCAGAGACGUUCAUGCCCGAGCGGUUCAUUCCCCAGGAGGAGGGCGGUGCAGGAGAGCCAUAUCUCGUGGGCCCAUUCGGGUUCGGUCGAAGAAUCUGUGUCGGACGCCACCUUGCCCAAGCAUCCGUGUGGAUCUUCAUUGCCACGUUGAUCGCAACAGUCGACGUGUCCAAACCCCUCGACGCAAGUGGAAGGCCAAUCGAGCAGCCCAUCAAGUUCAGCACUGGUCUCUCAAGCCACCCAGGCAAGUUUGACGUUGUCUUCAAGCCUAGGUCCUCAGAUGCAGAGAGCCUACUUUCAGAUGCCGUAGGUGACGCGCAGUGA